AUGAGUGGAAGGCCAGAAACUCCUUUGCGCCGCACUUCUACUGCUGGACUAUCUCCAACAGACGCAAGCUACUCGAGAACGCCCAGUCGUGGCUCAAGGAUAGGUGGCUCAGAGCUUAGGACUAAGACUUUGACACCUCAUGGGAGAGCAGCUUUGCGAGAAGUUGAGGCUCGACGAGCAGGAUUGACACCAGGAAAGGAUAGAAGACGAAGUGGCAGACAGCAAAGGGAAACACCUCGAGAUAUAUUGAGAUUAUUGAGCAGGACUUUGGCUCCUCAAACCCGUCCGACAAUUCCAUCACCUCAAAGAGCACCCGGCAAUUCCAGAAGACAGACUUUACUUUUGGAUGAUGACUUUGACGACGGUCCGAAUCUUGUACCCCCACGACUUUCCAUCCCUCUAGACGACGACAGUGACGAUGAUGAUAAUGAGGAUGACGAAAGUCUUUUGCUUCCUAGUUUGGCGGCUUUAGAGGACGAAAAUCUGACCACGCGAUCAAUCGAGCUUUCAAGGAGAGCUGUCGCUGAGAGGCCGAGCAGGUUGUUCUCGAGGGGCAGUUUCGGGAGCAUCCGUGGUAGCGACCAUUUCGGAAACAUGGACGAAGCAGAAUUUGGACGAGAUGAAAUGGAAACAAGCUUCUUCAAUGCAAAUGAUUUUGAGAAUGAUGAUUUCCAAGAGAUGGCUAACUCUCCAUUUUUUGGAAGAAGAUACCCCAACUGCGAUGCCUGUUAUGGACGAAAUCUCUUCCCCCCUGCCAAUUAUCUAGGAGAUGAUUUUGAAAUGGAUGAUGAAGCCAUGAACGGUGAGAGUGACACUCGAAGACUGUCGGAUCCUGUAAUGGACGAUGAAGCCAUAAACGGUGAGGAUGGCACUCGAAGACUGUCGAUCGGAGCAUUCGAGGACUCCGGUCUUAGUGAUGACGAACCCCUUAGAGUAUCCGUUCACAAGGCGAUAUCAGAAAAUUCUAAGAGGACGUUCCAGAAGAAGGUUAAUAAGGUUUCAAAACAUGGGCUGAAAUACAAAUCAUUGCCUCUAGGUGUAGUGAAGAAACAUGCAAUCAGCCUGGCAAGGAAUGGAGCCGGCAAAGGAGACAGGUUGAGUGGCGAUGCUCUUGAUGCGAUCAUGCAAGCAACCGACUGGUUCUUCGAACAGAUUAGUGAUGAUUUAAGCACAUACUCUGAACACGCUGGACGCAAAACCAUUGAUGAGAGUGAUGUUUUAAUGCUGAUGAGAAGACAACGCCAAACCAAUGCUACAACAACGCCAUUUUCACUUGCACAAAGUCGCCUGCCUAGAGAGCUCUUACAAGACGUAAGAAUGGUUCCCCCCUUGAUCUCGAAAGAUCGGCCCCGACCAAAACCACCCAGAAAAUGA